AUGAGAUCUCAGUUGAUAUCCAGGUUGAAAAUCCUAGAAACAUACCCCUUGUUCAAGAUGAGCCGGCCAAUGGAGGAAGAUGUUGCCAAGAACGAGGAGGAGGAAUUUAAUACAGGACCACUCUCUGUUCUUAUGAUGAGUGUGAAGAAUAAUACUCAGGUGCUUAUCAAUUGUCGUAACAACAGAAAGCUUCUUGGCCGUGUGAGAGCAUUUGACAGGCAUUGCAACAUGGUUCUGGAAAAUGUUAGGGAGAUGUGGACUGAGGUGCCAAAGACUGGAAAAGGCAAGAAAAAGGCCCAACCUGUUAACAAGGAUAGAUUCAUCAGCAAGAUGUUUCUCCGUGGGGAUUCAGUUAUCAUUGUUCUUAGGAAUCCUAAGUGA